AAGAAGGCAUCUUCACACACACACACACCCUGUGUUUUUCUUUCUGUAACAACCAAAUCACUCUAAUUUGCCUUCUCACCAAUUUCCACUAUCAAUCAAAAUCAAAAAUAUUCAAAUACUCUCUCUCUAGAUCUCUCACUCCAAGAGAUCAAAUCCCUAAUUAUUAUCAUUAUUAUUAUAUAUAUAUAUACAUAUAGAUACAGAUCACAACAACCGCAUCUGAUCCGUCGUCGUUUUGAUCCCCCCCGUCCGUCACCAUGGCGGCUGCUAACGCUCCGAUUACUAUGAAAGAAGCUCUCACGUUAUCGAGUAUAGGGAUCAAUCCACAGUUUAUUACGUUCACUAAUGUAACGAUGGAGUCGGAUAAGUUUAUAUGUGUUCGUGAAACUUCGCCUCAGAAUAGUGUGGUGAUUAUCGAUAUGAACAUGCCAAUGCAACCGUUGAGGAGGCCAAUUACGGCCGACUCUGCUCUUAUGAAUCCGAUUUCCAAGAUUUUGGCUUUAAAAGCUCAACUUCCCGGGACAACUCAAGAUCACCUACAAAUAUUUAAUAUCGAGAUGAAAGCGAAAAUGAAGUCCCAUCAGAUGCCUGAGCAGGUUGUGUUUUGGAAGUGGAUUACACCUAAAAUGUUGGGAAUGGUAACCCAGACCUCAGUGUAUCAUUGGUCAAUUGAAGGUGAUUCUGAACCUGUGAAGAUGUUUGAUAGGACAGCCAAUUUAUCAAACAAUCAGAUUAUUAACUACAAAUGUGAUCCAUCUGAGAAAUGGUUGGUGUUGAUUGGAAUUGCCCCUGGCUCACCUGAGAGACCCCAGCUAGUCAAAGGAAAUAUGCAGCUGUAUUCUGUUGAUCAGCAGCGAAGUCAAGCACUUGAAGCUCAUGCAGCAUCAUUUGCUUCCUUGAAAGUUCCAGGCAACGAGAAUCCUUCCAUUCUCAUUUCUUUUGCAACAAAAAGUUCUAAUGCUGGACAGGUUACAUCAAAGUUGCAUGUCAUUGAGCUUGGCGCCCAGCCAGGGAAGCCCUCGUUUACCAAGAAACAAGCAGAUCUAUUUUUCCCUCCCGACUUUGCAGAUGAUUUUCCUGUUGCCAUGCAGAUAUCCCACAAGUAUGGUUUAAUUUAUGUCAUCACCAAGCUUGGGCUUCUUUUUGUAUAUGAUCUUGAAACCGCUACUGCAGUAUAUAGAAACAGAAUUAGCCCAGAUCCAAUUUUCUUGACAUCUGAAGCCUCAUCAGUAGGGGGCUUCUAUGCAGUUAAUAGACGUGGACAGGUGCUACUUGCCACUGUUAAUGAAUCAACAAUCGUGCCAUUUGUUAGUGGACAGUUGAACAACUUGGAGCUUGCUGUCAAUCUUGCCAAACGAGGAAAUCUACCUGGUGCAGAGAAUUUGGUUGUUCAGCGUUUCCAAGAAUUAUUUGCCCAAACCAAGUACAAAGAAGCUGCCGAGCUUGCUGCAGAAUCUCCUCAGGGUAUUCUUCGUACACCAGAUACAGUUGCAAAGUUUCAGAGUGUACCUGUGCAAGCUGGACAAACACCGCCAUUACUGCAGUACUUUGGGACCCUUCUGACGAAAGGAAAACUAAAUGCGUUUGAAUCCUUGGAAUUAUCCCGCUUAGUUGUUAAUCAAAACAAAAAGAAUCUUUUAGAGAAUUGGUUAGCUGAAGACAAGCUGGAAUGUAGCGAGGAACUUGGAGACCUUGUGAAGACUGUGGACAAUGAUCUCGCAUUGAAAAUUUACAUCAAAGCCAGGGCAACCCCAAAAGUUGUAGCUGCUUUUGCUGAGAGAAGGGAGUUUGACAAAAUAUUAAUUUACUCCAAGCAGGUUGGGUAUUCACCUGAUUAUUUGUUCCUUCUGCAAACAAUCCUUCGAACGGACCCACAGGGAGCUGUCAACUUUGCUUUGAUGAUGUCGCAAAUGGAAGGAGGUUGUCCUGUUGAUUACAACACCAUCACAGAUCUUUUCCUUCAGAGAAACUUGAUACGGGAGGCAACAGCUUUUCUUUUGGAUGUAUUGAAGCCUAAUUUGCCGGAACAUGCUCACCUCCAAACGAAGGUCCUUGAAAUCAACCUUGUAACAUUCCCUAACGUUGCUGAUGCGAUAUUAGCUAAUGGUAUGUUCAGCCAUUAUGAUCGGCCUAGGAUUGCUCAACUUUGUGAGAAAGCAGGACUUUAUGUCCGAGCCCUUCAGCAUUACAGUGAAUUGCCAGAUAUUAAACGUGUCAUUGUGAAUACUCAUGCAAUAGAGCCACAGGUUUGUCUCACUCAACUUGUCUACUAUGUGGUUUUUAACAAGUACGGUACCCAAUUGGAUUCCUUUUUUCAGUCUCUUGUAGAGUUUUUUGGAACUCUAUCUAAGGAAUGGGCACUCGAGUGCAUGAAGGAUCUUUUGUUGGUCAAUUUGAGAGGAAACCUUCAGAUAAUUGUUCAGGUUGCCAAGGAAUACUGUGAGCAGCUAGGUGUUGAAGCAUGUAUUAAACUUUUUGAGCAAUUUAAAUCAUAUGAAGGCCUUUACUUCUUUUUGGGGUCGUAUUUAAGUUCCAGUGAGGAUCCUGAUAUACACUUUAAGUACAUUGAGGCAGCCGCAAAGACUGGACAAAUUAAGGAGGUUGAACGUGUAACAAGGGAAUCAAAUUUCUAUGAUGCUGAAAAAGCCAAGAACUUCUUAAUGGAAGCCAAGCUUCCUGAUGCAAGGCCAUUAAUCAAUGUGUGUGACCGUUUUGGCUUUGUUCCUGAUCUCACUCACUACCUCUAUACCAACAACAUGCUUCGCUAUAUUGAAGGUUAUGUUCAAAAGGUUAACCCUGGAAAUGCUCCACAAGUUGUAGGACAGCUUCUUGAUGAUGAAUGCCCUGAAGAUUUCAUUAAAGGUCUGAUCCUAUCAGUUCGCUCUCUGCUUCCAGUUGAGCCUCUUGUUGAUGAGUGUGAAAAGAGGAAUCGUCUUCGAUUACUAACUCAGUUUUUGGAGCAUCUUGUAAGUGAAGGAAGCCAAGAUGUCCAUGUCCAUAAUGCUUUGGGUAAGAUUAUUAUAGAUAGCAACAACAACCCAGAGCACUUCCUUACCACCAACCCAUAUUAUGAUUCACGUGUUGUGGGGAAAUACUGUGAGAAGCGUGAUCCCACACUUGCCGUCGUUGCGUACCGCAGAGGGCAAUGUGAUGAUGAACUUAUCAAUGUAACAAACAAAAAUUCUCUGUUCAAGUUGCAAGCAAGGUAUGUUGUGGAGAGAAUGGAUGGUGAUCUUUGGGAGAAAGCUCUUAACCCGGAGAAUGAAUAUCGAAGGCAGCUCAUUGAUCAAGUUGUUUCUACUGCUUUGCCUGAGAGCAAGAGCCCCGAGCAGGUUUCUGCUGCUGUUAAAGCUUUCAUGACUGCCGAUCUUCCUCAUGAACUAAUUGAGCUCCUUGAGAAAAUUGUUCUCCAAAAUUCUGCUUUCAGUGGCAAUUUCAAUCUUCAAAACUUGCUUAUCUUGACAGCCAUUAAGGCAGACCCAUCACGAGUUAUGGAUUACAUCAAUAGGCUAGACAAUUUUGAUGGACCUGCUGUUGGUGAGGUGGCUGUAGAAGCACAGCUUUAUGAAGAGGCGUUUGCAAUAUUUAAAAAGUUUAACUUAAAUGUUCAAGCAGUCGAUGUUUUGCUGGAUAAUAUCCAAAGCAUUCCACGAGCUGUUGAAUUUGCAUACCGUGUUGAAGAAGAUGCUGUCUGGAGUCAGGUGGCUAAAGCUCAACUCAGAGAAGGACUAGUGAGUGAUGCUAUAGAAUCAUUUAUUCGUGCUGAUGAUGCUACUCAUUUCUUGGAUGUUAUUCGUGCUGCUGAGGACACAGAAUGUUACCAUGAUCUGGUGAAGUAUCUUCUGAUGGUGAGAGACAAGACCAAAGAGCCAAAGGUGGAUAGCGAGCUCAUUUAUGCAUAUGCAAAGAUUGAUAGAUUAAGCGACAUCGAGGAAUUUAUCCUUAUGCCGAAUGUUGCUAAUCUUCAUAAUGUUGGUGAUCGUUUGUUUGAUGAAGCCUUGUAUGAAGCUGCCAAGAUCAUAUAUGCUUUCAUAUCCAACUGGGCUAAGCUGGCUGUUACACUUGUGAGGCUCCAACAGUUUCAAGGUGCUGUGGAUGCAGCUCGUAAAGCAAACAGUGCUAAGACGUGGAAAGAAGUUUGCUUUGCUUGUGUUGAUGCCGAGGAGUUCCGUUUGGCUCAAAUAUGUGGGCUCAAUAUUAUAGUCCAGGUGGAUGAUCUGGAAGAGGUCAGCGAAUACUACCAAAACAGAGGAUGUUUCAAUGAGUUGAUAUCUCUAAUGGAGAGUGGUUUAGGGUUGGAACGGGCUCAUAUGGGGAUCUUCACUGAGUUGGGUGUUCUCUAUGCUAGAUAUCGUCAUGAGAAGUUGAUGGAGCAUAUAAAACUCUUUUCAACACGUCUUAACAUUCCAAAGUUAAUUCGUGCUUGUGAUGAACAACAACACUGGAAGGAACUUACCUAUUUAUAUAUUCAAUAUGACGAGUUUGACAACGCUGCCAGCACUGUCAUGAAUCAUUCUCCGGAAGCUUGGGAUCAUAUGCAAUUUAAGGACAUUGCAGUUAAAGUGGCAAAUGUUGAACUCUAUUACAAGGCUGUUUACUUCUAUUUAGAAGAACACCCCGACCUUAUCAAUGACGUUCUCAAUGUCCUUGCGCUACGUGUUGACCACACACGUGUUGUGGACAUCAUGCGUAAGGCGGGUCAACUUCCUCUUGUGAAACCAUACAUGGUUGCAGUUCAGAGUAAUAAUGUAUCUGCUGUGAAUGAGGCACUGAAUGAAAUAUAUGUUGAGGAGGAAGAUUAUGAUAGAUUACGUGAAUCUAUUGAUUUGCAUGAUAACUUUGACCAGAUUGGGCUUGCACAGAAGAUUGAGAAACACGAACUUCUUGAGAUGAGACGCGUAGCUGCAUAUAUCUAUAAGAAGGCCGGUAGAUGGAAACAGUCUAUUGCUCUGUCAAAGAAAGACAAGGUUUACAAAGAUGCAAUGGAGACUGCCUCACAAUCCGGGGAUCGUGAACUUGCUGAAGAGUUGCUUGUUUAUUUCAUUGAGCAGGGAAAGAAGGAAUGCUUUGCUUCAUGUCUGUUUGUUUGUUACGAUCUGAUUCGCCCAGAUGUUGCUCUUGAGCUAGCAUGGUUGAACAAUAUGAUUGAUUUUGCCUUCCCAUAUCUGCUUCAGUUUAUCCGUGAAUAUACUGGUAAGGUUGAUGAACUUAUCAAGGACAAGAUAGAAUCAAUAAAGGAAAGCAAGGCAAAGGAGAACGAGGAGCAGGACAUUGUUAAACAACAGAAUAUGUAUGCUCAGCUACUCCCUCUUGCACUACCUGCUCCACCGGGUAUGGGUGGCAGCCAAAUGGGUGGAGGAUAUGGUCCACCACCACCCAUGGGCGGAAUGGGGAUGCCACCAAUGCCACCAUUUGGGAUGCCGCCAAUGGGCUCUUAUUGAUUGACGUGCGACUUUAGUGAAUAGUGGCGGUUGUUUCUUGCGUAUGUGGGUCUCGUUUUUGAGGAAAGGUAGUAGUUGUUUGAUUUGGGGGAAGAUGGAUUAAAUUUGUUAUAAUUGCGACUAAUGGUGUUUUCUUAGUGUGGAUAUGUUUUCAUUGUAAUAUUCUUUGGGUCAAUAGUGUCAUAUUUUUUUGCAGCUGGUAGGGCAGCAAAAUGAGUAUAAGGGUCAAUUGUGUAAUGUGUACCAAAACAAGGGGUCGAUAGAACGGAUAUGCAACAUAAACUGGUUUCAACAUGUAUUUCUUUGUUUUC